UUCCUCCUCUUUUUCCUUAUAUUUCACAAAUAUUUUGAUAUAUCAAGAUCAGGACGCAUAUGUUUAUUUGGUUGUGGUAGUUAUUUAGGUUUCUCUUUCGAAGCAUUUCUAGAUAUCCACUCUUGUUCCACCUAGAAAGUUAUCUUAAAACGAUUGAAUAACAAUAAGUGCGAUGGUUUUUAGCUAGGCAGUUGGAUAGAUGAAAUGAAUCUCUGCAACAGCAACCUUAUGGUGUCCUAGUGUGUACUUCUACAAGUUUUGCUUACCUGUCAUGUGCAUCAUGUCUUCUAAAACACAACCAGUUAUUACUUAUUCUGGAGAUACCCAACUCUUCAGUACAUUGGAAUCUGCAGUGGUACAAGGUCUACCUCAAGAGACAGUUGAAUGGAAAAGAUCUUAUGGGCGCCCACCAAGAGCAGUCACUUUAAGUGCUUCUUUCCAGCCCUUUAGACCUGAAAAUGAUGGAUUCAAAGAACAGUCAAAAGGUUUUAAAAAACUAUCAGGAGCUGAGGUACUCCAUACAUAUUGGGUUGAAUGUCCAGAUGUUGAUACUUACAAAGCCAAUGUUCGAGAAAGCAUUCAAACUUGGUUCACUCAGAUAAAACAAGUGGAAUAUUCAGACUGGCUAAUAAUCCUUGUAGAGAACUCUGAUUCUAAGAAAAGUAAACAAAUUCUUCCUCGAACAACAGUGCUAGACAAAGUUAAAAAUGACUUUGGAGGGAAAACAACAGAAAGGUGUAUAGCGGUCAUAGAUCCAGUGAAGGGGGAAACCAAGUCAUCAGAAUCUUGGCAAACUUUUCUCUUCAGACUCAGGCAAGCGCUGAUGGCAGCAUUUAGUCGGACGCUGACCAAGUUUGAAGAGACGGUGCGUACUCAGCGAGAACGACGAAACGAGUUAAACUGGAACUUUUGUAACUAUUUUUUGCUUCAGGAAGAGCUUGCAUUUGCAUUUGAAAUGUUGGGGUUAUACGACGAAGCUUUAGUGCAGUAUGAUGAACUGGACGCUCUCUUCACGCAGUUUGUUCUAAACUCUGCUGUUGGUGAUGCACCGGGCUGGCUUUUGGCCUUUCAAGCAACUCCCAACAAUUGGUCCGGUGUAUGUCUCAAUCCGAAAACCCCUUUCAAUAUGGAAUUACGUCAAAAGAUACAAAACCACACAAUGUCUGUUAUCGACUUUCGCAAUUAUUUGUUUGCUAGGCAGUCAGCCCUUUUACUUAUUUCUUCCAAACCAGCUGAGGUUGCUCGGCGGUGUUUGUCAUAUGUUCAAAGUUACAUGUACGAACUGAAAUUACUCAAUGUCAGCACGGUCGAUGGUGCAAUUCCAACAUGGAUUCUACUGACCUGCCUUCAAGUUUUAUCGACUUGCCAAUCUCAUGUGGGGUCAUCUGGCAACCAGUCUAUGGAGUCUUUUGCACUACUAUGGAAUAUGGCUAAGGAUAAGCUAUAUGAAUUGGGGCGCAAGUGUGGUCUGCUUCCCGGUGCGUCUGUUGGAAGUGCCGAGUUGCACUGUGUUGUUACCCUUUCAUCGGGUAUCACGGACUAUGGGGAUGAAUCGGCUGUCCGCCCCACGCCUGUCGACAAGCUUAAAGAGGCUCUUUCCUCUAGCCAGGCAUUUACAAGACACUACUUGGAACUGAGUGAACUGGCGAUGGGAACCUUUAAGCAUUGUGGUCGUCUGCGAUCCGCUCGCUUGAUUGGCCGAGACCUGUCGCGUUUCUACCUUCAACUCGGUCAGCCUCAAAAGUCGGUCAGUUUCUUGCUCGAUUUGCUUCGGGGCUACCAAGAGGAGGAUUGGCCUCUAUUGAGAAUCGACACCCAUAUUGAGCUUGCUGAAGUCUUUCAGAAAAUCGGCGAUAAAGUCAGAUUCAUUGAAGCGUCUGCUAAUAUCGCAGCCUACCCAGCAUUGAAUGCUGAAACUCGUAUGAAGUAUUUCAACUAUUUACUUAAAUCUGCUCAAGAUGAGUUCCGGUCCAUCAAUUGCUCUUCCAUGAUGGAUUUGGUCGAUAUACGCAUUCACUUCGAUACAAGCCUGGAGGAACCUUGCUCGGUUUUAUGCGACUCAAUAGUACGUGCCGAAGUGGAAGUGGUUAACCAUUUCCCUGGCCCUGUAAAAUGCAAUGAAAUUACCGUAACAGUCAAAGCGGUUAAGAAUGCUAAUGACGACAGCAAGCAAUCAAAAGCUGCUGGGAAAAAAUCUGCGGCGGAAAAGUCACUUGACACAAAGGGGAUCGAAAAGUUGGGUGUUUCUGCUUUAGCCACGAAGGCAAACACUUCGUCAUCGGAUUUUAUUCCGAUUAAGGAACAACUUCAUCUUAAGCAAGAUGGCAGUCUAAGUUCGGUUGCACUUGUGUGCCCAAGUGCCCAACAGCUCCUGGGACGUAAGGUGAGCCAUGGGCUUUUACCAACCGAACUUUCAGUCAUCAAGGAAGAAUACACGCACAAACUGAGUGUUCAGGAUGUCAAUAUUGUGCCCGGUGUCAACCGAUUGACCCUGCAAAUGAAGGCUGAUCAUGCUGGCACCUAUGUUCUUAGUCAAUUUGUGGCUUGCAGUCAACGGUUAGAGUUCAUUCAGAACGUGAGUUGCCCUAAAGUCAGUAUUACCGUCGUUGAAGUGAUGCCAUCGGUCACGGCCGUCAAAACUCGGGAUGAUCUUCUUGCCGGAACCGAUCAAGAGGUUGAACUAGUUGUUCGCACAGGCAGCACGGCAUUCCAAAACGAGAAAACUCUUCGAUUGUGUUCUUCAAGGGGGCUGAUGAUCAACCUGCCCAAAACGGAUAGUCUUUUCCAGCGCGAACUUGAUCUUGUUUUGCCUCCGAUGGCCGCUUUUGAAACGGUUUCGUAUCCGUUAAAAAUUAGGGCAGACCUGGGUUUCACCGCAUCAAAAGAUGCAACUUUUGUCGAACACAAGCUGUCCGUGCAUUGUCCGUGGCUUUCGAAAAUUCCGCCUCUAUUGGACUUACCAUUGAACGUAUACGCUCCUUUCACCGUUCAGUACAAACUCCAUACCGCUUACACCAAAAAGUUUGUCAAUAUCCACGUCCAAGGAUUGACUCCAUCAAGCCGGGCCUUCGAGUUUCAAAACCCGAAUGUACUUUUGCCUGAUACAACGUAUAAAAAUCCCGCUCUCUCCAAGUUGGAAUGGAGGAAUCUCAAUAGCAGCUCUCAAACACUAAAAAUAUCUCAGGACCAGCCGGCGAAUUACUUGUGGGAGUUGUGCGGUGCUCCUGCACAGUAUGAUAUGCCAUUAUUGAAGGCGGAGUUCUCGGUUGAUUACCGUCUCGUUGGCACCUCAGAUUGGAAAAGGUUUUCCUUCAACUUUGACAUUGCCGACUAUGCUACCUUAUUUACGGUACGUUCGCGUGUUGAUCCAGUAAAGGGAAAUGAUUUCCUGAGGGCUGGUUCUCUCUGCCACAUGACAUUGACAGUAAGUGAUGUGUUACAACAGACUUCAUCGACAGCAGCAUUGAUGUACGAAGUGCUAGCGGAUCAAGCUUUGUGGGCAGUCUGUGGGCGGACUGCAGGUGUCUUUUCCAUGGAAGGAUCAUCAAAACAUUCCGUGACGCUAGAUGUGAUGCCACUCGUUUGCGGCUUCCUACCUCUUCCGGCUGUUAGACUGUCAAGAUACAUUCCGGCCGAGCAGAAACCCAAAGAAACCAACCGGAAGGUUGACUUAGCCGCCGCUACGCUGCCUCGUCUAGAGCCAUUCAGCGCUGGGCAAGUUUAUAACUGGAGUAAGGCUCAACAAGUUCAUGUACUAGCGGCACCUUCUAAUAAUGGUCCGACGAGCCUUGAUAAUUCUACAUCUUGAAUGCGAUUUUCUGCUGUUAUUGAGACGUCAAGUCCCAAGUCAUUUUGGGUAUCUGUAUGCAUUACAUCAAUUAAGUGUAAAAUACAAAAUUUAUUAGUAAA